GGUACAUGUAGGGUGAGGCUAGGUUUAGAAGCUACCUUCUUUGGGAGAAAAAAUUGAGAGAGGUAAGAGGAGGUGAAGGGAAGUAAUCUUACCAAUCUUACCUCCAAACAGUGAAAAAUGGAUGUUCGUCAAUUCUCCGAUAAACCUAGUUAUUUUUUGAUUUUGUAAAGCACGUAAAUCUGUAUAAGAUGUAUAUUGUCCAUGAAAUUCAAAGAGUUUGUCAAGGAAGAAAUCAAGACUAUAUUGGCUAAUGGACAUGUCAAGAAGGAGUGUCCGGUAUAAGAACUCCUACGUUGUAAAGAUCAUAGGUUGUUACCAAAUUACUCACCAUUCCAAAAAAUGAAGGUUCUCAUGCUAUAUUUUUUCACCUCUCUUUUGUUCCUCUUCUUAUCCUCCGCCCCCAUUGUCUCCCCACGGCGGUUUCCGACUUCCCCUCCGGUGGUCGACGUCGACGGCAAAGAGCUCAAACUCGGCGCCGCCUACUACGUCAUCUCCCAAGCUUUACCCCACCCGGAGGGUCUAUGUUUAGUCAACGUCCAGAACAACCAAUCCAGGGCGCACCCACACGACGUCGUUCAGUGCACGCCUUUUCCCGAAGAACCUCUCCUCGGACUCCCCGUCGUCUUCUCCGCCGCCGCCGACGACACGGAAGAUCCGGUCGUCCGGGAGAACAAGGUUUACAACGUUAAGUUUCCCGUCAAGGGAAACCGUAGCAACGAAACGGCCGUUUGGGCUUUAACGGAGGCCCAUUCUCCGAUCCAGAAAUUCGUGACGACGGAUCCGAAGGGUACCAAAGUCCAAUUUCAGGCCCAGAGGGUUGGGUUUGGAUAUAAGUUGGUUUAUUGCGUGGUAAUUCCUAUACCGCGGAUACCCAUUUGUUAUACAAUUGGGCUUAUACCGGACUUUGGGUACAACCGUUUGGGUAUCGGGUUGGGUCUUGAACCGGCCCAGUUUUUCUUCAAGAGUAGUAAAGUCAAGUCAUCGGUCAACCAUGUGGCCACCUCUUAGAUUAGCUAGCUUAAAAAAGAGUGAUGACUAAUAAUAAUAAUAAUAAUAAUAAUAAAUAAGGCUAAAAUUUAAAUGCUUUCAUGAUUUUGUUUUAAUUAUGGUGUGGUUACAAUUGUGCCAAUUUCAUAAACAUAUAUGAAGUCAUACGUUAUUAAAAAUGAAUUUCAUAUAUGUGAUAAUAUGAAAGUCUCGUUAUGAAAUAAAUUGGUGAGAUGUGU